CCAAGAUUCCUCUGGCUCAAGCUCAACCAGCAAGGAAAGGAGGAGGAGGAGGCGGCGGCGGGAGGGAGCAGCAGCUGUCCAGCAGCUAGCUCUCGCUUAGCUCGAUCCCCCCCCCCCCCCCCCCCCGCCAAAGCACCCCCUGCCUGUGCGAAAAUCGCGCAUUUUUGCUGGUGUUUCUGGGAUCACGCGCGUGAAUCGAUGGGGUUGGAGGAGGCGGCCGCCGGGAUGGGCGGCGGAGUCCGGGCGCUCAUGCGGCGGAAGCAGGUGGACUCCGAACGGUUGCGCGCCGCCGGCGGGCACCAGCUUCGCAAGGAGCUCUCCAUCACCCAGCUCGUCGCCAUCGGUGUUGGCUCGACGAUUGGAGCUGGGGUGUAUGUUCUUGUGGGUACAGUUGCUCGGGAGCAUUCUGGGCCAGCAUUGACACUCUCAUUUCUGAUAGCUGGAGUAGCAGCUGCACUUUCAGCAUUCUGUUAUGCGGAGCUUGCCAGUCGUUGCCCUUCUGCAGGAAGUGCCUACCAUUAUUCAUACAUCUGCGUUGGCGAAGGAGUUGCAUGGUUGAUUGGUUGGGCUUUGAUAUUGGAAUAUACAAUUGGUGGAUCAGCUGUUGCCCGUGGCAUAUCUCCCAAUCUUGCCUUAUUUUUUGGAGGACCAGAUAGUUUGCCAUGGAUUUUAGCACGCCAUGAGAUCCCAUGGCUUGAUGUUAUUGUUGAUCCUUGUGCUGCUUUCCUGGUUUUCGUUGUCACUGGUCUGCUGUGCGUUGGGAUAAAAGAGAGCUCAUUUGUACAAGGAGUCGUGACAGUCCUCAAUUGCUUUGUGAUGCUAUUUGUUAUUAUAGCUGGUAGUUACAUUGGCUUCCAAACAGGAUGGGUUGGUUAUAAGGUCGCUGGCGGAUUUUUCCCGUAUGGGGUGAAUGGAAUGCUUGCUGGGUCAGCAACUGUUUUCUUUGCCUACAUAGGUUUCGAUUCAGUUGCUAGCACUGCUGAGGAGGUGAAAAAUCCACAGCGAGAUCUGCCAUUGGGAAUAGGAACAGCGUUGUCAAUUUGCUGUUCCUUGUACAUGUUGGUUUCAGUUGUUAUUGUUGGCCUGGUACCAUAUUUUGCUAUGGACCCAGAUACCCCUAUUUCAUCCGCCUUUGCAAAACAUGGGAUGCAUUGGGCAAUGUAUCUUGUAACAACUGGUGCUGUUCUUGCUCUCUGCUCAACUUUGAUGGGAUCAAUACUACCACAGCCAAGAAUAUUGAUGGCCAUGGCACGAGAUGGCUUGUUACCAUCCUUCUUCUGUGAUGUCAACAAGAAGACACAAGUCCCUGUCAAAAGCACCAUUGUCACCGGCAUCGGUGCAGCUGCUCUGGCUUUCUUCAUGGAUGUCUCUCAACUGGCAGGAAUGGUCAGUGUAGGCACACUCCUCGCGUUCACUAUAGUUGCUGUAUCCAUCUUGAUUCUCAGGUACGUUCCUCCAGAUGAGGUACCCUUGCCAUCUUCCCUGCAAGCAUCAUUCCGUUUGAGCCAAGAAAAUGAUGAGGAAAAGGUGAGGGGUUCUCUUGGAGAUGAGAAUCACGAACAGGGGGCAUCUGAAAUAAGUGAUGUGAUUGUACUAGAAUCAAUUAAGGACCCCCUUAUUGAGAAGCAGCUAUAUGCAAGCAAGUUGAAUGAGACAAAGCGGCGCAGGACUGCUGCUUGCAGCAUUGCAUCUAUCUGCGUAGGGGUGCUGGUCCUCACAUCCUCAGCUUCUGCGACAUUCUUGCCCUUCUUGGUGCAAUGCUUCAUCUGCGUCUUUGGUGGCCUGCUCCUCCUGGUUGGUCUGGGGGUGCUCUGCUGGAUUGAUCAAGACGACGGAAGGCACUCAUUUGGUCAUUCUGGAGGAUUCAUCUGCCCAUUCGUCCCAUUGCUGCCGGUGAUGUGUAUCCUCAUAAACACAUACUUGUUGAUAAAUCUGGGUGGCGGGACAUGGAUGCGAGUUGGGGUGUGGCUGGUGAUGGGGGUGUUCGUAUACAUUUUCUAUGGUCGCUCCCAUAGCUCAUUGACGGACGUCGUGUACGUCCCAGUGGCACAGGCGAACGAGAUUUACGGGUCUUCGUCAUCUUCUGGGUUUGUGGCCUAAGGAGGCAUGGAGUGAGACAUUGUUGAAGACUAGCUUGAGCUAUUAUAUGCUCCAUGGUCCAUUUCACAGAACCUUGAGGACCCUGACAUGAGCGGAUUCACGCCGCUGCAUCAGUGCGUGGAAGGCACGGAUUUAAAGAGUUAAAUUCAUGUAUCAUUUUUUAAAAUGCAUGUGUGUAUUGAAUUGCAAGGCUAUUUGUGUGCCUCAGUCUGAGGAAUGUAAAUACUACAUAGAUUAUAGAUGGGACUAUUACGAGGGUGUUUAGAGGAAGGAAUUGCUGUAGGAUUUUUUUUAGUAUUUAGUGCAAAAUUAUACUAAGUUUAAGGAUUUGUAUCCUCAUCCCUAUCCAAGCAGGCAUGAGUGUAAAGUUGUAUAAUGUGCUCAAAGCCUCAAACACGUUUUAUACCAGAGUGGAAAGUACCAAGUGUGGUCUUGUUUGAGGAAACUCCA